CUAAUUAUUUUUUCUUUUGUUCUUUUUCCCCCAUUAAUAAAGCACUCUCUCUCUCUCUGUCCGCUUUCUUGCUCUGUUACUGUAGGUAGUCUUCAAGCUCAAGCUUCCUCGCUUCUUCUCUCUUCUCCACCUCCUCCUGCAGUCUCGGCCUCGCCAUUUUACUCGGUAACCGUUGCUUUGCGCGUUAAAACUGUAGAGAGAGAAACACAGAGAGAGAAGACAUUGCUUCUCGCGUUUUCCAUCUGCAGUAGCCCUCUUUCUCUCAUUUUUCUAAUGCGUGCAAGCCAUUCUUAUAUCAGAACCCACCUUAUUUCUAGGCUCUUAACGGUUUUAAUUCUCUAUUAAGCUUCCUCAUUCUUCCUUGAUUGAUCUCCUCAGUUUCUCUCUCUUCUCUGUGUAUCGCUUUCCUCUUUAUAAAGAUAAACACUUCGCUUUUACCCACGUUUUUCUUUUGUGUUUCUGACUUUGUGGGCUUUCAUUGUUUCUUUCUCUAAUCCGAAAGCUGCUUCGGAGGCUUGAACUUCCAGUUCUCAAUUCAUUGUAUAAAGCUUGUAUUGCUCCGUUUGCGGGAUACAUCUCCCUUUUAUUUAAUUCUGAUCUGUUCCGAAUUGGGUUGCUUGAAACCCUAGUCCGUACGCUUUCACGCUAUAGCUGAUUCAGUGAAGAUGAAAUGCGUCAAGAAUGAAGUUUCUCGGUUUUCAUUUUCCACAUCAGCUUGGGAAUUGAAAUUCUUGCUUUCUCAAUAGGAUUUCUGGAAUUUAUUAGUUGGCGUGUAUUUUGUCUGCUGUUCAUAAAGGCAAUAUUGGUUCAGUUGCUUGCAAGAAUUAAAAACCGGGCAACUUGAAGACAGGAAGCUAAAGGGGACUGAGGUCCUAAGUUGAAUAUAUUGGUGUUUCUUGAUUCAUUUCUUAGAUUUUGAAAUUUUGGAUUUGAACUAUGGGAGGCCAUAUGAGCAAGAAGACCCCUGCGGAGACCUCAUCAGCUAUCAACAUUGAUGGCAAUUUGCAGUACAGAACUGAACUCAGCUCCUACAAGGCUGCUUGCCAGCUUGACACCGACUUACAGUCCUUUGACACCAACCUCCAUGCCCGUACUAAUCAGCUUAUCAACACCCUCGCAGGGGGUGUUGAAGUUCGAACACUCUCCUUUGAGUCGCUGAAAGAAGUCACCGAAUGUCUGUUGGAGAUGAACCAGGAGGUGGUGAAAGUGAUCUUGGAAUGCAAGAAAGAUAUAUGGAAGAGCCAAGAACUGUUUGAGCUGGUCGAGGAGUACUUUGAGAACAGCUUGCAGACUCUAGAUUUCUGCACUGCAUUGGAGAAAUGUCUGAAGCGGGCCCGUGAUAGCCAGUUGCUGAUUCUUGUUGCGCUUCAGCAGUUUGAAGAAGAGGGCGUUGUGGAAGGAAAGAGGUAUGUGAGGACCUUGGAGGAAUUGAAGAAUUUCAAGGCAGCAGGAGACCCUUUUACUGAAGAAUUCUUCCAAACCUUUCAAUCUGUUUAUAGGCAACAGAUGUUAAUGCUUGAGAAGUUGCAGCUGAAAAAGAAAAAGCUUGAUAAGAAGCUCAGGUACAUUCAUGCUUGGAGGAAGGUCUCAAGUAUGAUAUUUGUAGCCACUUUUGCUGCUGUACUAAUUUGCUCAGUGGUGGCAGCAGCCAUGGCUGCCCCGCCUGUGGCGGCAGCUCUGGCAGCUACCAGUUCUAUCCCGCUGGGUUCAAUGGGGAAGUGGAUUGAUUCGCUUUGGAAGAGCUAUGAAGAUGCCCUUAGGGCGCAGAAGGAGGUUAUUAGCUCAAUGCAGGUGGGCACUUAUGUUGCAAUUAAGGACUUGGACAACAUCCGGGUUCUCAUUGAUAGGUUGGAAAUCGAGAUUGAAUCCCUCCUGCAGAAUGUUGAAUUUGCCUUUGUUGAUGAAGAUGCUGUGAGGUUUGCCAUAGAGGAAAUAAAGAAGAAGCUGGGAAUCUUUAUGAAGAAUGUUGAAGAUUUGGGGAUACAAGCUGAUAUGUGCAGCCGGGAUAUUCGGAGGGCGAGGACAGUUGUUCUGCAGAGGAUCAUAAAACAUCCUAACAAUUGAAAGAUGCAGAUUCUUCUUGGUGCAUUAAUUUUACUGAUAAUUGUUGUUAUAUAUGUUGAAAAUAUUACCUGACUCCAUUGUUUUAUGCUGCUAAGACUUCUUUUCUUAAGUUUGUAUCUUGGAUCCAUGCAUCUGGAUUCAACCUCUAUCAUGUUUGUGUAGACUACAGAUUCAAUAGCAACACAUUUUGCAUUCCUAGAUAA